GCUUCCCUAGGAGUGAUGCAUGCAGGGAAAAAAACGCAGACCACCCUCCUCCCUCCUCUUCCUCCUCCGUCUCUGCAGCAGCACACGGAGCUUCAGCAGCAGCAGCAGGAGGAAGAGGAGGAGGAGGAACAAUAAGCAUAGAGGAGAUUCCGCAGCUCGUCGGUGUUUUCUUUUUUUUUUUUCUUUUUUUUUUUAGCGGGAGCUGGUGAAGCAGCUCCGAGGAGGAGGCAGGAGGGGACCCGGCAGAGGGAAGAUGUCCUCGCCGCAGGUCUCCUCGUCCCGCCGGCAGUCAUGCUAUCUGUGCGACCUGCCUCGCAUGCCCUGGGCCAUGAUCUGGGACUUCACCGAGCCCGUGUGCCGGGGCUGCGUCAACUACGAGGGCGCGGACCGCAUCGAGUUUGUCAUCGAGACAACCCGCCACCUGAAGCGGGCGCACGGCUUCCAGGAGGGCCGGAGCCCCGCGGGGGGACCGCAGCAGCAGCAGCCUUCCGCAGCGAAGAGCCAGGCGGUGUUACUGAGCGGGAAAGAGCCGCUUAACCACCACCAACAGGCGGACGGAGCGGGGAAGUCCCAGCAGCCCGGUUUGGACCGGUACUCGCUCGGAGCGGACAGCCGGGCUCAGUUCUACAGCGGGCACAGCAGCAGCAGGUUGCCCAACGGGCUCGGAGGACCGAACGGUUUCAAAGCGGAUGAAGGACCACCGGAGCUGAACCGGCAGAGCCCGAACUCUCGGAGCAGAAGCCACGCGGGGCUGGUGUCGGUGAAUGUCCCGCCGAACCUGCUUCCACAGACGCUGCUGAACGGACCCGUGCCGCACGGCAUGGCGAGCCGAGCGCAACAGAGCCCCAUGGUCGGCGUCUCCCUGCCCGGGCAGGUGGGUCUGUCCGAUACGGGGGGGAAGCGACCCGCCUCGGUGUCCAGCACGGACCAGGACCGGGAACUGAAGGAAAAGCAGCGGAACGCGGAGGUUCUGGCCGAGCUGAGCGAGAGCCUCCGGAACCGGCAGGAAGAGUGGGCCAGCAAGCCCAAAGCGGUGCGGGACACGCUGGUCGCGCUGUCCGGCUGCACCCCGUUUGACGUCCGUUUCAAGAAGGACCACGCGCUUCUGGGCCGCGUGUUCGCCUUCGACGCAGUGUCCAAACCCGGAACCGACUACGAGCUCAAGAUCUUCAUUGAGUACCCGAGCGGCUCCGGGAACGUGUUCUCCAGCGCGUCCGGGGUGGCCAAGCAGAUGUACCAGGACUGCAUGAAGGACUUCGGCAGAGGUCUCUCCUCCGGGUUCAAGUACCUGGAGUACGAGAAGAAGCACGGAUCCGGGGACUGGCGCCUGCUCGGGGAUUUAUUACCGGAGUCUCUGCGCUUUUUUAAGGAGACCGUGGCGGGAGACAUGCUGCCGCAGCCCUACAUCGACGGCAGCUUUCCCCUCCUUCCAACCUCACUGGUGCUUCCCGGCCGGGCUCUGGCUUCGGGCAGUGGGAGCAGCGGCUCCAGGACCGGGGUGCGGAAGAGGAAGGCCUCACCGGAGCCGGACUCCGCGGAGGAACAGCAGCGGCAGCAGUGGAUCAGCAGCCAGGCCGAAGCUCUCAAGCUCUCCAUGGCUGCGGGCUCCUUCUCCGGGCCGCCGCCCCCGCACGGCUCAGGGCAUCGCGCCACCCCCCCUGAGUCCGCUGCGCCCUCGCAGAAUGGACAGUCCCCGAUGGCCGCGCUCAUGUCGGUGGCGGACACACUCGGGAACGCGCAUUCCCCCAACAAGGACAGAGACUCGGUGCACUCCACCACGUCCUCCAGACACACGAGCAGCAGCCCGGUGUCCCCCGCCUCCGUUUCCGGCCAGAGGCGCCUGUCCUCCCGCAACGGGGACCUCGGGCUCUCCGCGCCGACGCAAGAGCAGGUGCACGCGCAGAGCGUGCCCGACUCCCCCAUGGCCAACAGCGGGCCUCUGUGUUGCACCAUCUGCCACGAACGCUUGGAGGACACCCACUUCGUGCAGUGUCCGUCCGUCCCGAACCACAAGUUCUGCUUCCCCUGCUCCAGAGAGAGCAUCAAAGCGCAGGGAGCCUCCGGGGAGGUGUACUGCCCCAGCGGGGACAAGUGCCCCCUGGUCGGCUCCAACGUACCCUGGGCCUUCAUGCAGGGGGAGAUAGCCACCAUCCUGGCUGGAGAUGUGAAGGUAAAGAAGGAGAGAGACCCGUGAGGAGGAGGAUGAAGAGGUGCUUUGGUCUGCUGCUGAGCCUCAAACCCAGACUUUCUUCUGUGUGUCUGUCAGUGGAGAGAGAUCAGUGCGCUGUUAUUUUUCAUGAAAAAUCAAUUUGAGGUAUUUGGUUUCAGCUUCACCCCCAGAAAGAUGAGCUUUAAAUUAAAAAUAUUUAAAUUAGAAUAUUUAAAACGAUAAAAGAAAAAGGCAAACUGUUUCAGUCAUUUUUCAUGUAACUGUGGAGUUUAGACUGGUGAUAAAACACAUUAUAAAGGCGUAUCUUUGUGCUCUGCAUAAUUUAAAAUGUGUUACACCUGAAUAUGGCUGCUGUUGAAGCAGAAAAUGUGCCAUGGAGAUCAGAUUUGGUUUUCAGGAGUAACCUGGAACCUACUGUAAAUUUAAAUAGGCUCCAUUUUUAUUCAAAUUAAUUAUUAAUAAUCAAAGAACAGGAUAUACAUCAGCACAGCAGUACUGACAUUUUUGUACAUCUUCCUGUUUUUAGUGCUUAACUUUUACUUGAAUAUUUUUACAGUGUGGUAUUUAUACUUUUACCUCAGUAAAGAGUCUGAAUACUUCCUCCGUCUCCAUGUACACUUUUAGUUAAAGUAGUUCCUGGGUGCUAUCACUUAUAUUUAAGUGUCUGUCAUCUCAUCCAUAUUUUUUAAUUUUGUGAACACAGUAUGAUGGCAUUUGACCUUCGCUGCCUCUGUUUGACAUGAAAUCUGUUUUCAGCCCAUUUCUGCAUCUGUAAAGAAAACCGUGGAUGAGAAUGGGACGAAUAUGAGAAGCGGCUCAUACUCAGGCUAACAUCAUCCUGAAACAAAGAAAUUUGUUACAUUUUAAAUCUUUUAAUAGUUAUUUUUGAUGUAAAAAUAUCCAGAAAACUCCAACCAUAUCAUCAUAUUCAUUGUCAUUUGUGUCUUUUCCUGCAAAAUCAGGACCACCUUAAUCUGUCAUAAAGGCACAAUGUUAUUUCCACCGUAACGGGUUUUGAAAAUAUUACAAAUGUAAUUUCUAAAGCUUAUAAAUACCAUCUGUCACCUUUUUAUCCAUCAUUUCCAACAGAAAUGCUCCGUUUGAAUGAAAAAUGACUGAAACAGUUUAUUGUUGCAGAUAAAUAUUAAUAAUUAUAAUAAUGAUCAGACUCACUGAAUUAUUUUAAAGUGUUAAUCCAUCUCUGCUUUCUGCUGCUUUUCUGGAUCCAGGUCGCGUUCAUUUUGUUAUUAAUGUCCGUCUGGAAAUGAAUUUUAUUACAAUGUAGUCACAGUUUAUUUGCUGGUCAGAGUCUCCAUCGCACUUUGAUUCACACUAAAUUAUGUGUUUAUUCUGGUUUUAUUUUUUAAACAGUCGUGAAUUCUUCCUGUGUGGUAGGACAAACCCUCUCAGGAAACUGAGAGGCGAACACCCGCAGACGGGACCGUGUUUGCUAAUUAAACAGACUGUUAACGGACUCAGAUGUUGCGCAGAUGUUUCAGCCUUGAUGGGGUGGAGAAAUGCAAGCCUGUAAAACAUGUUUGAGGAGGUUAAAUGAGGGUGGGCGUGUGCUCAUUUUCAGCCUCUUCAUGGGAAGCCGUUCAGCAUUUAUUAACUUUGUCUCUGUGACUAACAUCAAAGACAUGAACAACCUCAUUCUCUUGUCAGAAUUGCAUCUUUUAAUGUCAUUGAUGUGUCAAAAAGAUAAACAUCUGUAAUCCAUCUUGGACUUUUCCAAAAAAAUAAAAGUCCGCUUGCAUCGAAGGGAUUGGCGGGUUAUUUCAGGGCGU